AUGACGGUUUCGCUGCAGAACCUUCCGAGUCCCGCGGGGGAGGGCUACGAAUUGGAGGAGGCGUUCGCGGAGAGCGAAGAAGCGCGGGAAUUGCUGCGCAAACAGCGGGAGGCGAAGCAGCGGACCAACUUAUUCGCGGGGAAAGUGUUCUUCCUCGCGCGGGAGGUUCCGCGGGGAAUGCUGGAGUUCGUGCUGCGGAGUUUUGGCGGGAAAGUGGGGUGGGAGGGCCCCCACUCCCCGCUCUCCCCCGCGGAUCCCGCCAUCACGCACGUGAUCGUCGACCGGCCCGCGCCCGCGCAGGGACUGCAGUCGCCCCGCGGGGAUCGGGAGUUCGUGCAGCCGCAGUGGGUUCUGGACUGCGUCAACAACAAUCUCAUCAUCCCCGCGGAUCGCUACGCACCCGGAAAAACGCUCCCGCCGCACUUGUCGCCGUUCGUGGACAACCAGGCCGAAGGGUGGAAACGGGGAAACCGGGUAACGGGUAGAUACACGCCGGAAUACCAGAAGGAGAUCGAUGCGAUGAAACGGUCCGCCGAGGGAACCGAAGGAACCGCGGGAACCGAAGGAACCCAAGGAGACGACGAGGAGGGUAAUCGUGGAAACGGAGAAACGGAGAAACCGGAGGAUGUGGGGAGAUUCGCGCGGGAAAUCGAGCGAGAGGAGAUUGGGGAGGAGGAAAAACCGCGGGAAGCCGAAGAGGAGAAACCGGUGGAAACCGAGGAACCGGAGAAACAGGAGAAACAGGAGAAACAGGAGGAGAAGAAGGCGAAGAAGGAAGAGGAGGAGAAGGAACGACGAUUGCUGAUGGCGAAGAAAAAGCACCAGCGAAUUUACCGGCAAUUGGAGCAGGAGGAGAAGAAGAAGGAAAAGAGGGUGAAAGAGCUGAAGAGCAAGGCCGAGAAGGCAAAGAAACAAAAGGAGGGAAUGUAG